AUGGCCAUCAAAGUGCCUCCGGGCCAGUCGCCGCCUUUCGAGACGAUAGACGACAAGCAUCAUGCCGGGAUUAUCAUCAUAACAGCCGCCAUCUGCUUGGUGAUCUCGCUGGUCAACCUGUUGAUCUGUGUGUAUGUGCGAAAAUUUAUUAGUCCUCCAUGGGGAUCAGACGAUAUGAUAUUGCUGGGGGCGACGAUUACUGCGGUCGCCGAGUCGAUCGUUAUAUUUCACUCCUCGAGUAUCGGAUUCGGGACUGAUAUAUCACUGGUGGCCGAAAACGUCGUCAAUCACAUACAAAUGUUAACCCCGCGGCAGCGCCACAAGAGCUUUCUGUGGGCGACAUUAGGGUUGAGCACAGUGGGUGCUAUUGUUUCAGUGCUGGUUAUCUCGGUCGACUGCGAGGGAAAUAAGCCGUGGGCUAUACCUGGCGCAAGUUUCAGAACCUAUUCGCACGCUGGCAAGCGAUUGCCGCGCUUGACAUCUCAACCGAAAUUUUACUUUUUACUUACAGUAUCGCUCUGGUCUAGGGUCUACAGAGGCAUAAUUCACAUAAUAUCGCUAAUAGUAUUUUCGUCUCUUCGUCUCUCCACCCUCAGAGGAUACACAACUACUGAAAAUCCCACACUCGCCGCAAUUAGCCAUACAGUCUUCACCCAGCUCCAGCUCGACUAUUCGCUAAUAGCAUGCACGGUAUUUUGCCUGCGCCCCUUCAUGAGCGCCCUCACAACCCAUUACGGCACAGCCGGCGACUCCAACCUUGCCAGCAGCAGCGGCGGCUACAGUUUCGGGUAUGGAUCCAGGAGACAGGGAAAUACCGAUUCCUACGGCUCGGGGCGGUCGCGGGAUUAUGAGAUGGGGAGAGUGAUGGGGCGGGCCGGUCGCCGAGCAAGUGGAGUGAUCAGGGACAGACCAGAUGUGACCGAUGGGAGGGGCAAUAAGACGGUUGUCAAUGAGGCUGCGAGGUCAGUGCACUCGAGGGAGGGAGGCAGUAUGCACAGUGGAAGUGAUGGAAGCACAAGGAUGAUUAUCCGGAAGGAUGUAGAAUAUUCCGUUUCAGUGGAAAACUGA